CCUCGCGGUCUGGUCUGGUGAAUCGUACACUGAAACGCGUUGCACAAAGUGGUGCAAGAUGUGAACCGAACAACUCGUGUGCGCUUCAAUUUUUCGCUCGAAUCCCACUCUGGUCUCUGGUUUGUUCUAGAGAAAACAGCAAAAAUUGCUAGCCAGUAGAAAAGCGAAGUACACCCCCUCACGAAGUUUUUUUGUUCGCGGGUGUGAUCUCCAAACGGGUUGGUGAUCCUUUUAUUCCACUGAAAAGUUGUGGUGCUAUACUAAUUUAGUGAAAAAGUCCAUUUUCGCUUGUGAUAUGAGUAGCAGUUUAGGAAUAUAAGCAAAUUUUGUUAUUGCAUAAAGUGGCGUAAUUUGUCAAGAGUGAUCUAAUUAUCGAUUGGGAAGAGAAAGCUGCAGUAUUGCAGUUGUUAUGUGCUACGUGAAGAAAGUUCUGUGCCAGUGAAAGAAAAUCAUACAAAGAACCGUGAAAUAGCAUGGAGUUUGAGUUCGGAAUCGAUUAGAUGCAAAAUUACUACCAAGGCAAGACUAAGACAUUGUGUUCAACAGUCAAUUAUAGUCCCUGGAACGCAAGACUUACGGCUUAAUCAACUGUCGAUUGGCUUAUCGUCGAUGUGUAACGUCAGCAGCAGGGAGAUAUAAAAAUAAUUAAAUCGCACCAGGGCACGCAUCAAAUCAGUUUCGGGCCCCGGUAUUGGAAUGCAAACAGUGAAUCAUCGUGUAUCGAAGUGUCAUAAUAAAUCAUAGAACCGGCCAUAAUUCUCGGCCCGGUCGAAGCGAGUUUCUACGAAGCAGUGAAAAACGAAGUUGUCGGUUUACCGGUCUCCAUUCAGGUUUCGAGUUCACCUCUAGAGCCCAAAUCGGCUCGAUCUUCUCCGUUGAGGUUGCUUCAUUUGGGAAUGGAAGUAGUGGCUGACUUUCGAGUCGCAUUCCCGUAUCUAGUGAAGGCGAACGAAGCAUUGCUGGGUACCUCGGAGUACGAGCGUGAUUUCAACUAUCUCGUCGGCACGCAUCAAGUGCGGCUGGACAAGCUGGAUCGGGCUAUCUCGGCCGUCAGUCCGGAAGUUACCAUCGCGUAGACACCUCCAAUGAGCAACUGUGUCACCGCAGUACCCCAACCGUAGCCUCUGACCUGCCAAAUACCAAAUCAAUCAGACGUAUUGAGUCGGAAGUCACCUACGCCACACACUCCACCUGAUCUGAUCCGAUCUGAUACCGAUCCAAAGUCCCAGUUCCAGGGGUGAUCCAUCGGAGUAGUUCUGUAUUUAAUUCAGACAAAAAAAUGAACCCAAAGCUGAACCCGUUAGAUGAUUCGGAGCAAGCGCCGCAUCUGGCGAUUGUUCCGGCGGACAUUCUCUACAGUAUCGAUCUCGGUCACGUGCCCCACGACGGCACGGUCACUACCAUCAGCAGUAAUCUAAGUAAUAGUAAUAAUAACAACAUCAUCGGUGCUACUAGCUUUAGGCCUGACGAUCUGAGGAUUGACGUUCGAGGAGCCCAGGAUUUCUAUCGACCCGAUGACGAUGGUUUCAGACCAUUCACAAUCUACGGGCACCACGGUGAGUUAGGUGAUGGAAACGACAAACUGUCCGUUUUACCAGCUUCAACAACCGGCUCAUUAAGCUCAAUCAUAACGACGUCCGUGGCAUCCUCCGAACCGGAUCGUGGUGAUCAUCGUGAUGGUGGCGUUGGCGGCGGUGGUGAUGACGACGAUAACAACAUUGUAACAACGACGACGGGUGGCGGCAAGUGUCUGGGCCUGGGCGGCGGCGGCGGUGGUGGUCCCGGCGGCGAAAUCAAGCAGGAAAAAUGGUGGGAAACUACGCUACAGAUCUCGAUUCCGUUCUUCAUCGCCGGUAUCGGCACGAUCGGUGCCGGCAUUAUCCUGGGCCGGGUAGAGCACUGGAAAGUCUUUGCCCACGUGACGGAACUGUUCAUCCUGGUACCGGCCCUACUCGGACUGAAAGGCAACCUGGACAUGUGUUUGGCCUCGCGGCUUUCCACCCAGGCAAACCUCGGCAACUUAUCCGGAGCACGCGAAAUCAUCCACAUGGUCAUCGGGAAUAUUGCGCUAGUGCAGGUCCAGGCCACCGUAGCGGCGUUUAUAGUGUCGAUCUUUGCCAUCAGCGUCGGUGCCGCCAUGAACGGGAGCUUCCUAUUCGACCACGCGAUGCUGCUGACUGCGUCCAGUAUGUUUACCGCGACGUCGUCGUGCUUUGUGCUAGACUUUGUACUAGUGGCUGUGAUUUUACUGUCUAAUAAGUUGAAAAUGAAUCCAGAUAAUCUGGCAACCCCACUGGCAGCAUCGAUCGGUGAUGUGGUAUCCAUUAGUUUACUAUCCUUUAUAGCAUCCUUGCUAUUUGAAAACAUAGACACUCAUCUCUGGAUAACAUUCGUCGUGGUUACCUGUUAUUUUAUACUGUUACCAUUUUGGGUAUUUUUAGUGAGUAGAAAUAAGUACACUCGGCCCGUAUUGACAACUGGAUGGGUUCCUGUACUAUCCGCACUCUUCAUCAGUGGAAUGGGUGGUCUAGUGUUGGAUGCUGCCGUCGGCGUCUUCAAAGGUUUCGUCGUGUUCCAACCGAUCAUCAACGGCAUCGGCGGCAAUCUGGUGUCCGUUCAGGCGAGCAAAAUCUCCACCAUGCUUCAUCAGAGCUCCAUCAUCGGCAUAAUUCCGCCGCAUACCAAGAUCUUUGAGCUACCUUGGAAAGCACUGUUCAAGGGAGUUCCCUAUGCCAAGACCGCUCGAAUUUUGAUCCUCAUGGCGAUUCCUGGACAAGUACUGUUUAUCUACGUUGCUGACUACAUACAUAUGUCUGAAUCAACCAUUGGUGCUCCGUUCGUAUUAUCCUACUUGUUUGUCAGUUUAAUUCAGAUAAUGUUGCUACUGUACAUUGCUCAUGUCAUUAUCCAUGCGAUGUGGAAGUGGAAAAUCGAUCCGGACAACUCGGCCAUCCCGUACCUUACGGCACUGGGAGAUCUGCUGGGUUCUAGCUUCCUAGCGUUGGCUUUCCUGUUUUUGCAAACAAUCAACCAUCCGUACGGAGAACUUCCGGACGAGGCCAGUGCAACCGUCACGCCAACCAUUUCGUUCAGCGUCGUCGAUGGUGAUGCGAGCAACAAUUUCGGUAUUUAUUAGCUUUCCUAUCCCGAUAUUUUAUUUAAGGCAAGAAUCCAAAGGCAACUAACAACAUAUGUAUGCUACUGUAUGUGAGAUGUUUCUCCGCCGUGAUGUCCUUGCCCGUUUUUCCUCGAUCCCUUGAUCCGUUCCCACCCGAAACAGAAAACUAACGCUCUGUAACGCAAAUAUAUAUAAAACAAAAGUAAUAAUGUAAUAACAGUAUUGAGAACUCUUAUAUUUGAUACGUAAGCUCUAGCUUUGUUUUUUUUUUAUUAUUUAUAUAGUUUCCUAAUUUCAGUCCGGAUACCUUUUUGUUCCGGGUUCUACCAUAGCGAAAAUAUUGAAAAAAGCAAGUAGGGUUUCAAGAUACAUCCAAUUACAAAUGUUAGCAAAUGUUCCCAGGGAACCAAGCGAAGUUUUUUUUUCCCAGUGCGUCAUUGGUGCACUUGAAAUCCGAUUUCCCUCACAUAAUAGAGUCCUAAGCGAGCGAAGCGUUGUUUUGUUCUCAAUGUUAGCAGCUUGCCUACAUUUACAGGCUCUCUUCUUAGUUCUAUGUUAUUACUAUCGCCUGUUUGAAAGAGUAGCAAGUGAUUUUAUGUCUUAGCAAAAAAAAAAAUAGAAAUGAAAUGUGGAAGUCUCUACCAGUCUGAAAAAUUGCUCACGAAGUAGAGAACCAAUUCCGUAAUUAAUAAAAAAUAUCAAUAAUUUAAAAUGUAUCGAGAUUAGAGAGCAGUGAGAAGCGCAGAGCAUGUUUAGAAGGUAAACUAAUUUAACAGCUUAGUAAUGAAACUUUAACUUUCUAUUUUAGACAAGGUAUGUUAAGUAUAUUGUAAAUAAAACCUAAUUCUUCACUACUUAAUUCAAUGUGAAACGAAAUGAACACACAUGUUUUAAUUAUGAGCAAUGAACACGAGAACAACCUGACGAGAAAUAAUUUAGUUUUAGUGAAAUGAGUUCAAUUGAUACCUAUAAUUCGAAACUUUACAGGUGUAUAAGCUUAGUUGAUUGUACAAUAUUUUUUCUUCUAAUGGACAUAUGUAAAUAUUUAGACAAUUGUUUCAUAAUUCAAGUAAAAAAUCCAUUUCAACAUGUUCAAUAAAAAAAGAUAAACUAAUUAAACUACUACUCUUCAACUAACUUUCGAACCAUAUUACACCAAAUACUUUCACUUCCGGCAAAAUAACUUGGUUCAUGCUUUCCUUUCUAGUACUGUUGUUCACAGUUUCGCUCGAUAUUACCAUCUUUUUCUUUUUCGCUUCAUUUAUUUUUCUUUCUAUUCCAGCACCACUAUUGGCAUGAGGUCUUUAUUUCUUUUCUGUGCACUGUCUAUAACCGUUUUUUUCUAAACUGGUAAUCCCUGUCAUUAAUCGAUUGUACGCACACUCAAAUGUGACACUUACAAAAAAAAUGUAGACACCGGUACACAGUUGCACUGUGUUGUGUCAAUCCAGGGUUUAAAAUCUACAAUCGAAGUAUGCUUUGAAACAGGAAAACACACAGUCGAAUUGCACGGCUCCUUUUUGAUUAGUUGAACUUUGUUUUUCUCUCUAAAGUUUUGUUUACGUUGAUUUGAAUCGGAUAAUAAAAACUAUCAACAAUAAUGAAUCGAACUGUAGAAAGCAAUUCGGCAGUAUUACAAAAACCUUAAAUUAAGCCAGUCUUAACGGAGAAUAAUAAAUUGAGAAUAAUUAAGUAGUUUCACCUCUCCCCCCAGAAAACAAAAAAAAAAAAGGCUGUAGCAGUGCUUAUUGUCGAUGGGCUCCUCAGCUAGUCUUAUAGAUUACGAGAACAGAAAAAAAACACAAGCAACAGUCAUAGCGCAGACUUUUAUUUAGAAAACAAAACAGAUACAGAUAUAGUGCCUCAUCAUCAGCUUUUCACUUGUCAAAUCAACCCGCAGGAAACCCGUUUUGUUUUUCGCACUCAACGUCAUAGCCUACUGUGUUUAACAUAUUGAAACAAAAUCCGCAAACAUACAGUUCAGCUUUACGUAUCAACGGAAUUUUAGCCCCGAUAACCCCAGGCAUGACAAUAAGCAAGAAUUUUGAUUUAGUAAACUAGCAAAUAUCGUGUUUCGAUGGCAGACAGCUACUGAGAUAUAAAAACAAGAAAAAAAACCUAACUAACUAACAGAAAAGAAUGUGAUAUUUACUAAAUGAAAAAAAAAGUGAAUGGUCGAAACAUGCAAACAAAAUAAAAAACAAACAGAAACAAUUGAUAGUGGCUAACUAAAUGUACUAAUAAUGAAAGACCACGGGAAAAUCAGAAUAUCAGGAAUGAGAGCGACAGUUAGACGCGCAGCAGAUUACAUAGCAGGAAAACAUUCAUAUUAAAAAAAAUAAAAACAAAAAACAAUUAUUUUUGUGAGAAAGAGAAUAAGAAUGAAAGUAGAAAGGGGAACAGAAGAGAAAAAAACAGCAACGCACGGUUUGUCAUUUCAUUUCAUUUGAAACAAAAGAAAAAACCCUGAAAGCAAACAGCCGCGGUGCUAUAAUACUGAUAAAUGAGAGAAGCGAUUUAACGAAAGUAAAGGUUAUAAUUAACGACAUAUAUGAAUCGUUUCCGAUAUACUAAAUCGCUAUCCCAGUUUGAAUAACGAAUCAAAAUAGCACAAACAAACAGACGUAACAUUCAAUAUAUUUCCUAUUGUUGCUCGUGAAUCCAAUCCAUUUAGUAAAAAAUACAGUGUGCGAACGGAAGAAUUGUCAAUUUGCAUCAACGUUUAGUGUAUCAUGCAAUUCAAGUGAGAACAGGAAUUUGUGCAGGGGUGGUGGCAUUGCUAGAUAGCAUGCAGGCUAGUAUAGAGAUGCAAUUGAAAGAAGGAAAAAAAACACGAAAAUAUGUUUCAAGUGUUAUGUCCAUUUGUCUGUGAAAAUAGUAAUUUCUCAUUAAAACGAUCGAAACUGCAACAUACACACACAAAAAAACUGUAAUAAAUAGCAAAACCAGAAUGGUUAUGGACAACAUAUAAGAAUAAACUUGUUGCAAUUGAAAAACAGAGAA